CUGAAAAAUCGUGCAACCCUUUUGCCCCUUCCUCCUUCCUCACUCUCUCUUUGCUUUUUACCCACACAAAACACAGUAGUAUAUAUUAAGAAAGAUUCUUGCUUUCUUCAUUUGUAUGUUGUAUAGCAGGGGAAAAAAAAAAAAACAAAUGAAGCUAAUCAGCAGCUAUGGUUUUACCUUAACAUUCCUGCGUUAAAAUGAGCUAAUAAUAAUGUCUGUUUUCUCCAGCUGAAUUUAAUAAUUGUUAUGUAUUUAACCAUUUAUGGCUCAUACUCAAAAUAACAGUAGUUCUGCGGGUGCUGCUGCUGCUAUUAGUACUAGUGGUGCGGAUGAAGUUAAGGCUUCUGGAACCAUUUUUCAUGAUUUUUUGGGCAAACGGUCUGCUCCAGAUUAUUUAUCUCCGGCAGGUGGGGUGGCAGCCGGCAGAGUCCGGCCAACAUCCGAGGCCUCUCCUUCAUCAGCUUCUGUCUCCAUUGGUGGCUCUUCUGGUGGUGGCCGUGCUCCAAUCUCCACAACUUCUGAUCUGGGUUCUGAACGACAAGGUGGAAAUCAUUUUGAAGGAGUUCCGUUCUAUGGAGCGAGAAGUGAUCUUAUUGGGCAUGAAACAAGUAGUAGAUUUUCUGGAACUAAGAGAAGUAACUCAGACUCGUAUAUUGGAACAACAAAAGAUAGAUUUCAACAAAUGGUACCAGAUUCUCGUGAAGGCUCACAGUUGAUGAAGCUAAUACGACAUGCUGGUGGAGAGAGACCAAGACGUCCACAGGAUGAGGAUGCGUCGUUUCCUAUGCAUUUAGUCCGGCCAAUUUCAGCUUCCCUUGUAUCACAGCCUUCCUCUGCUGCCAGAGCUGAAGGUAAUACUUCAAGAUUGGAUCGUGGUAUUCCAAUGAAUGUUGGUCCGCCUUGGCAGUAUCCACCACGUUCCAGUCAAGUUUUUCCUUUUGGCUACCAAGGACUAUCAAACAAAUUGAGAGACUCCAGUGUUGGUCCAUCAGUUAUAUCUCAAGGAGCUGCUGAUGAAGGAUCUAGGACUGGUAUUAAAGGAUCUGGACUUCUGAGCUCUAUUAACACAACUGGUGGAAUCUCCGAAAGAAAUUUUACUGGGGCAAUAGUCAGCAGUAGUAAGCUGAAGUCCGGGAUUCACAAUUCUGAACCAGAAUCCUCUACAACUCCAAACCAACACGGAUUUGCUUCUUCUGGAUGUCAGAUGACUAUUUUCUAUGGCGGUCAAGCACAUGUCUUUGACAACGUUCAUCCCAGCAAGGCAGAUGUUAUAAUGGCCUUAGCGGGAUCCAGUGGGGGAUCUUGGUCAACAACCUUCAUGCCAAAGACCACUUCAAGGCCAUUCACGGGAGAAAAUUGCACACCAAGUGGUAAAAGCAACCCAGGCAUGACAGGUAGCUUAGUUUUACAGCCGGAAGUGCAUGGGAAAUCGUCAGUCCGGGUGAACUCCUCUCAUGAGUUAAGCUCUGGUACUCAGCGGGAGGAAAUGCUGUAAAAGGAUGCAAAAGCUCCAAAUCAUGCAGCUGAUGUUUGUGCUGAAGAAAAACAUGAAGUAUGAUGUGGAUUUGCGUUUGCCUUGGCCUCACUAGUUUAGUUCUUCUUCAAGGAUGAAAUCAAUCUCUCCGUUCUUCUGCAAUUUUACUGCACUUGGCCUCAAUUUUUCAACAUUUUCAUACGAGGUAUUUACAAGCAACUGUCAUCUGCAGAGACUUCAUUAAGGAG